UUCCCCAAAAAAAGCCGCCUAGCAUUUUCUUACACCGCGAGGAUUAAAGAGAGAGAAAACUAGAGACGGCAGCUGAAACUCUCGGCGGCUUAAAACGACACUAACUACGAUCUGCCCAAAGCUUUAAACGGCAACUCUUAUGUCAUCUCAGGCUCAUCUCUCCACUUCUUCCUCUGCUUUUAAAACCCUCACCUUCUCUUCCUUACUCUACUUGUCCCCGGGGAGAAGUCUUUGCUUUGAUCGUCUCCGUACAUUUCUAGGCGGUUAUCUUUUCUUUCUUAUUUUCUCUUGGAAAAAUUGAAGUUUCAUAAAUUGAAUUGUUUUGACUUACUUCCGAAUGGCUGGACCUUUGCCGACGACGAACGGGGUGAAGGAAAGCAACUUAUGGAAAGGAGUUUUCGCUGUUAGUGGAAUCAUGGUUACUCUUGUUAUCUAUGGAGUUUUACAGGAAAAGAUCAUGAGAGUCCCAUAUGGGGUGAACAAGGAAUAUUUUAAGUACUCAUUGUUUCUCGUUUUCUGCAACCGCCUAACAACAUCUGCUGUUUCUGCUGGUUUUUUACUGGCAAGUAAGAAAGCCUUGGAUCCUGUUGCUCCAGUCUAUAAGUACUGCCUCAUAUCAGUAUCAAACAUCCUAACCACAACAUGUCAGUAUGAGGCCCUAAAGUAUGUCAGUUUUCCCGUUCAGACUCUGGCUAAGUGUGCAAAAAUGAUACCUGUAAUGAUAUGGGGAACUUUCAUUAUGCAAAAGACAUAUAAGGGAUUGGACUAUUUGGUAGCGUUUCUGGUGACUGUAGGCUGUUCAAUAUUUAUACUAUUUCCGGCAGGAACUGACAUCAGUCCUUACAGCAAAGGAAGAGAAAAUACAGCUUGGGGUGUUUCUCUGAUGGUUGGUUAUCUUGGGUUUGAUGGUUUUACAAGCACAUUCCAAGACAAAUUAUUCAAAGGAUAUGAUAUGGAAAUACACAAUCAAAUAUUCUAUACAACAUUGUGUUCUUGUAUUCUCAGUUUGACAGGUCUUAUAUUACAGGGACAUUUACUUUCAGCUAUAGAUUUUGUUUAUCGCCACACUGAUUGUUUCCUUGAUAUUGUAUUACUUUCUACUGUAGCUACAAUUAGUCAAUUCUUCAUUUCUUACACGAUUCGAACAUUUGGCGCCCUCACAUUUGCUGCCAUAAUGACCACAAGACAGCUUGUGAGCAUCAUGCUGUCAUGCGUGUGGUUCGGCCAUCCCCUUAGUUGGGAACAAUGGAUCGGGGCAGUCAUUGUGUUUGGCUCCUUGUAUACUAAAAACGUCCUCAAAAAAUUAUCAAUGAAUCCCCCUGCUCCACAACAAGAACAAAGACAGAACGGUGCUUCUAGUCCCAUCAAAGGGAUCCCUUAAUAUCAUCUGAUCAAUUUUUCGCACCAGUUGCUGCAUCUAGUUCUAUUCAAGUAAACAUUUGCUGAUGUUAAAGUUGCAUUCUGAAGCAUAUACCUCCAAGACUCGUGUCCGAACGAUCUCUUGAAAUCCAAGCUGCAGAUGCAUUUUAGUGAAGGGAUACGAAUUAUGAAACUACACUUGAAGUAAAGCACAAAAUCGCUCUUUGUUUUUUUACAAAAGGAAUUAGAUGUAUAUGCAACUGCUGAGGCUUAUACUGUGGACUUUUUUUCUAUAAACAUAGUAA